AUGCGCAGCCUUCCCCUCGGCUGCAUCCGCUCAUUCCUCUGUCCGGCGCGUGUUACUCCUCGACUCCUCCUUGUUUACUGCUCCCUGUUCCUUACAGUCACUAUACUUUUGGGCGUCAGGAUGCAUUUCAAGUCGUACGUCGCUGCGGCCAUUUACGGUCUGCCUGUCCUCGCGAAUGCCGCGCCCUCUCCAGUUGCGGCCUCUUCGGAUGCCAGCUCCAAUGACGGGCACUUCAAGACCUACACGAUCAAGGCGGCGAAUAUCACUGCCACCCUGAUCCCGUACGGUGCGCGUCUAACUUCCCUCUUGGUGCCGGAUCGUCAUGGCAAAGAGCAGGAUGUUAUCCUUGGCUACGAUGACCCGAAACAAUACCUGCAAGACAGUGCAACAAACCGCACUUUCUUCGGUUGUGUCGUGGGUCGCUACGCGAACCGUAUCAAGAACGGAACUUUCACCAUUGAUGGUAAAGACUAUCAUGUUCCCGAGAAUGAGCAUGGUGGCCUCGACACCCUCCACGGCGGCAGCGUCGGUUAUGACAUGCGCAAUUGGACUGUCACGUCGCACACUGACUCCUCCAUCACCUUCACCCUCUUGGAUCAGGGCUUUGAGAACUUCCCUGGCGAUGUCAUCUCCCAUGCCACUUACAGUGUCUCCACCGAGAAGUCGGCAGAGAACCCCAAGGGUCUGCCCCAGUUGACCACCAAGCUUGUGUCGCUGGCCCUGACCGAGAAGACCCCUAUCAUGCUCGCCAACCACAUCUACUGGAACCUGAACGCGUUCAAGAACCCCACCAUCCUGAAUGACACCACCCUGCAGCUCCCCCUCUCCGAGCGCUUCAUCGUUGGAGAUGGCAUUCUCAUCCCAACCGGCGAGAUCGGCGACGUCGACACCGCCUACAAGGGCGCCCUUGACUUCACCGAGCCCAAGCUCGUCGGCAAGGACAUCGACAAGACCACCGGCCUGUGCGGCACCGACUGCACCGGUUACGACACCUGCUGGCUGGUGGACCGCCCCGUUGGCUAUGGUGGUGAGGGCGCAGUCGUCCCCACUGUUCGUGUCUCUUCCGAUACCACCGGUAUCUCCCUGGAGAUAGCCACCAACCAAGCCGCUAUGCAGAUGUACUCCUGCAACGGCCAGAACGGCACCAUCCCGACCAAGGAGUCCCAGGCCAAGCGUAACAAGGCCCAGGAUGGCCACCCUGGCGCUGCGUACGUUAACAAGUACGGCUGCAUCGUCUUCGAGACCGAAGACUGGAUUGAUGGUAUCAACCAGCCUCAGUGGGGUCGCCGCCCUUACCAGAUUGCUGGUCCUGAUGAUGGCCCCAUCGUCAACUUUGCUACUUACCAGUUUGGUACUAUCUAA